CUGCGCUCGCCUCCCCACCGCGGCAGCCGCCGGCGCAGCCCCGCUUAGCCCGGCCACCAUGGCGUGCGGGAGGUUCCUCAGAAGACGAUGAGGUCAUUCAAGAAGGUCUCCUCAGGCUCAGCAGGGGCGAGUAAAGGUGGAGACGAGCCCGGGAAGUUGCCGGAGCAGGAAGAAGAGGAGGAAUCCCAGGUUUUGCACGGAACCGGCCAUUGCAAAUGGUUCAAUGUGAGAAUGGGAUUCGGGUUCAUCUCCAUGAGCAACCGAGAAGGAAGCCCCUUGGAGUCUCCGGUUGAUGUCUUUGUACACCAAAGCAAGCUUUACAUGGAAGGAUUUAGAAGCCUAAAAGAAGGAGAACCAGUGGAAUUUACUUUUAAGAAAUCUUCCAAAGGCCUUGAAUCAAUACGGGUAACAGGCCCUGGUGGGAGCCCCUGUUUAGGAAGUGAAAGACGACCCAAAGGGAAGACAGUACAAAAAAGAAAACCAAAGGGAGAUAGAUGCUACAACUGUGGUGGCCUGGACCACCACGCUAAAGAAUGCAGCCUACCUCCGCAGCCAAAGAAGUGCCAUUACUGUCAGAGCAUCAUGCACAUGGUGGCUAACUGCCCCCUUAAAACAGUCUCGCAGCAGCCCACCAGUUCUCAGGGAAGACACGAAGCUGAGCCCCAGCCUUCCACUUCUGCCUUCCUGAGAGAAGGAGGAGGGGCGCACGGCUACUCCUCUCCGUCCUACUCUCAGGAGGGCAGGGCAGAGAUCUCGGAGCGCUCGGGCAGGUCACCGCAGGAAGCUUCGGGCAGUAAGUUGUCAGCGUCGCCCGAAGAGCCCAGCAGGAAGGGGCCUUCUGUCCAGAAAAGGAAAAAAACUUAAAGCAUUUCUCACAACUUUUCCAUUUUCUUUUAUAUCCUCUCGGGAUGUCUACCUCAUGCAAGUACAGGGGAAAUAAUUUCAUUAUCAGUAGCUGACCUGGAAACUUUUAACUACUGUUACCUGAGGAACUGUGAAUUCUGUUUCCUUCCUAGACAAAUCACUCCAAGCAGAGUCCAUUUGAGCAGGGUGCAUCACGUUUGACCUCCUCUGUGUGUGUGUGUGAGCGUGCACAUGUGUGUGUGUAUGUGUACAUAUCUAUAAAUAGCUUUUCUUCCCCCCCAUCAGACCACUCUCCAGCUCCCACCAGACGUUACUGUGAAGCAAUAGGCACAGCAUCCAUAAACAUUUCUGAGCUCAGUUCCUACCACCUGUUUCUGAAUGUCUUCAAAACCCAAACCAACAAACAGGAAAACCCCAAGAAAUCUCACUCAGAACCAACCUAAACCUGCUAAACCACACACAGAACUGAGAUCAAGACUGUUACUUCUCUUGGGAACCAAAGGAUCCUUUCAGAUUUUUAAAGCUGCCAUAUGGUACUAAAGAUACUAAGACAUCCCCCCCCCUCCACCCCCU